AUGGAUCUCAGCACCCUCUUCAACGCCGCCCUGCAGCGACACAAUGUCGCGCCCCUGGCGGCAGCGGCGCGCGCCCCGGAGCCCGACGCCGACAACGUCGAGGCCUUCCUGAAGGAGGCCUACCGAAUUCAUAGACACAUUGCCGAGCUGCACGGCUACCUCCGCUCCAUCCGCCAAUCCUACCUCUCGACCGCGCAGCCGCCGCGGCGGAAACAGCAGCAGCAGCACCUCUCGCGGACGGACUCGUCGUCAUCGCUGCCCCGCACCGACAAAGACCGCAAACACCUGACGGACACGCAGCGCGAGCAAAUCGACGCCGAAACCAAGCAACUGCUGCGCGAGCUGACAUCCGCAAUCAAAAACCUCAGCGACGCCGAAAAGGUACGGCAAUCAGCCGAAGCGACCAUCGCGCUGCGCAAGCGCGCGCAACAAGGCCUCGGCGCACUAGGACGAUGGGCAGCAGGCGGGGCCAUCACGGCCAAGAGCCCCGAGGAAGAGCUCGAGGAAGCGCGCCAAAACACGGUCAAGCUGCACCGGGACAGCGUGGUGUGGUUCCUGGGGCGGGAGCUGGAGCAGUGCAGCGGCGCGCAGGCCUCGAUGAUGGAGAUACGGCUGGAGCGCGAGCGCGAGAAGAGCAAGAGCGUGCUGUACAAGGCGCGCGGCGGGCCCAUCAUGCCGCCCAUGGCGCCGGACGAGGCAAGUCGCGGCGCGGCGCCCUCGCGUGCCGCCGCUCUCGAUGACAGCGGCCUGCCUGUCGAGCAGCAGCUGAGCCAGGAGCAGCUGCAGCUGUUCGCAGAGGAGAACCAGGACAUGCUCAAGCACUACGAAGACACGCUGGACAAAGUGCGCUCCACCGAACGCUCCCUCCUCGAGAUCUCCGAGCUACAAAACACACUCGCGACGAACCUCUUCGAGCAAGCCGCGCAGAUCGACCAGCUGGUGCAGGACUCGGAGCUCACGACCGAGAACGUCGGCAGCGGCAACAAGCAGCUGAAAAAGGCCGUCGACCGGCGCAGCGCCGCGCAGCUCGUCUUCUACGCCACGUGCGCCCUGUGCUCGACUGUCGUGCUGUGGGACUUGAUUAUUUGA